GCCCUUAGCCGUCCAUUCAUCCCUCCUCACAUCUAUAAAUUCAUGGCUCUAACUCUUCUUCUCUACCAUCUCUCCUCCUCCUUCCUCCUCCUGUUCAGACUUCCAAAAGCUUAGAACUCUCAUGAUGAUCAACUCGAAGAACUCCAAAACCAAAAUGGAACAGUUAGAGCAAGGAAGGAGAGGAAGAGAAGGAGAGGUGGAGCUUGGAAGAGACUUCAAAGAGAAACUCGCUGAAUAUACCACAGAUGGUUCUGUGGACAUCAGUGGACAAGUGGCCGCUAAAGCAAGCACAGGAGGAUGGGUGGCUGCGGGUCUAGUGCUAGUGAAUCAAGGAUUAGCCACGCUUGCCUUCUUUGGCGUUGGUGUGAACUUGGUAUUAUUCUUGACAAGAGUGGUAGGCCAAAACAAUGCAGAUGCAGCUAACAAUGUAAGCAAGUGGACUGGAACUGUUUACAUAUUCUCCCUUGUUGGUGCUUUCCUCAGCGACUCUUAUUGGGGAAGAUAUAAGACCUGUGUGGUCUUUCAACUCAUAUUUGUCAUUGGCUUGAUAACACUAUCCCUAAGCUCACAAAUGUUCAUGCUUAGGCCCUCAGGGUGUGGAAAUGCUAAGGAGCCUUGUGGGGCACACUCAAGUUUGGAGAUGGGAUUAUUCUACCUCUCCAUAUACUUAGUGGCCCUAGGAAAUGGAGGUUACCAGCCUAAUAUUGCAACAUUUGGGUCUGACCAAUUUGAGGAGGGUGACCCUAGAGAAGCUCAUUCUAAAGUUUCCUUCUUUAGUUAUUUCUACUUGGCCCUCAACUUAGGAUCACUCUUCUCCAAUACAUUCUUGAGCUACUAUCAAGAUGAAGGGUUGUGGGCAUUGGGGUUUUGGGCCUCAAGUGGGUCGGCCUUAUUGGCCCUAAUCCUAUUCCUUUGUGGUACUCGACAUUAUCGGCAUUUUAGGCCCGGAGGCAACCCUCUGUCGAGAGUAAGUCAAGUUGUACUUGCAGCUUUGAAGAAGUGGAAAGUCAAGAUGCCACCCCCUGGAGAGGAGGAUUUGUAUGAGUUGGAUGGAAAGGAAAUUGAGGCAGCUACAACAGAGGGGAGUAAGAGGAUCCUCCAUUCUGAAGGAUUUAGGUUCUUAGAUCGAGCUGCCCUCAUCACCACUACCGACUUCACUCCCUCCGGCGACUCCACCACCCCCAAUCCAUGGAGGCUCUGCACAAUCACCCAAGUCGAAGAAGUAAAAUGCAUUCUUCGCCUCCUCCCCAUAUGGCUCUGCACCAUCCUCUACUCCGUUGUCUUCACUCAAAUGGCUUCCCUCUUCGUUGAGCAAGGUGCAGCCAUGAACACCACCAUCGUUGCUGGAUUUCGUAUCCCUCCGGCGAGCAUGUCUGCCUUCGACAUCCUCAGCGUGGCCCUCUUCAUUUUCUUCUACCGCCGCCUCCUCCAACCAAUCGCUGCCGCCCUUCGCCACGACCCAAGGGGAUUAACAGAGCUUCACAGAAUGGGGGUCGGCCUCAUCGUCGCUGUCGCUGCCAUGAUCGCUGCCGGUUUCGUCGAGCACUUCAGAUUGAAAUUGGCGCGUGGUGGCAAUGCCAGCUCUCUCAGCAUAUUGUGGCAGGUACCGCAAUAUAUGCUGAUAGGAGCAUCAGAGGUGUUCAUGUACGUUGGGCAGCUGGAGUUCUUCAAUGAACAGGCGCCGGAAGGACUCAAGAGCUUUGGAAGUGCCCUCUGUAUGACCUCCAUCUCUCUGGGAAACUAUGUGAGCGAUAUUCUGGUAACUGUGGUAAUGAAAAUCACCGGAAAAGAUGAUAGCCCAGGGUGGAUUCCGGUGAACCUGAACAGAGGACAUAUGGAUAGGUUCUACUUCCUUCUGGCUACUUUAACUAGUGUUGAUUUUGUGAUUUAUGUUAUCUGUGCAAAGUGGUAUAAGUGCAUUAAGAUAGAAGGAAAGUGCGAGGAAGAAGAAGAAGAAGAAGAAGAUUUCAGUGAUUAAGUUGAACUGCUACUCAGAUAAAAGGUAAGGUGAGCAUAGCUCACAAAACAUAUUUUUGCUUUGUAUUACUCUGUAUUGUUCUGUAUUGAUAUUAGUUUAGUAUCAAUACAUAACCGAUACAGAGUGGGAGCAAGAACUAGCUCUGCAAAAGCAAUCAAUAAUCUCUCUAUUUCAACAUGAAAUGAGAUUAAGGGGUUAGAAAUAACUGUUUCUUGUUCAUUGUUUCCUGCAUAAGAAUCCUGAUGUAUAUUAUUAGUUACUCUGUAUUAUUGCCAGCUUGAUGAUCUAUGAAUGAGGAUGAGACAUAUCUUAGUACAGCAAA